AUGAAGGGAAAAGUCAAGUGGGGAGAUACUCUCGAGCUUUCCGGCGGCUUUCAAUUCUUCAAAGGGUACAAGGAGUGGACCGAAGACGUUCUCAGUCGUUGCCAGCACAAGCUAAAGUCCGCGAAGAUCUAUGAUCCUGUAUAUGCUUCCCUCUUCACGUACGACUACAAUUCCGAAGUUAUGAAGGCGUUCUUCGAGGCAUGUUGUCCGUGCCUCUCAAGAACUCGUCGGCUCCGAUGCAAAGGGUGUUCGGUAUUCUCACCGUUCCGUCGAUAUCUGUUCCAUGCCUACCACUUACUUCGGAAGCGUUCUAAAGAUCCGUCCUCCAAUGUCUCUGUCGAAAGCUGGAUUCAGUUUUGGUCGAAGAAGCAGAAGAAGUACACUCAACCUCCUCCGCGCAAAGAAAAGAAAAGUGUUCGCCCCAAGUCAACUCACAAUCCUUCCGGCAAUAUUGAAGCACAUGCAAAAUGGAUCAACAUUGAAGAAGCUGUGUUUUCGAGCAUUAGCGUUGAUGUCGAACUGAGGUCCGAGACGUACUUGGCGGCCCAUUUGGCUUGUUGGCUUUGCACCUUCGUCCUCCCUACUGAUGAUGUGGGCAUGAUACGUCCUUCAACAUUCAAGAUGGCUAGCAUAAUGGCGAGUGGCGAAGAAGUCUCUCUUGCAGUUCCUGUCUUAGCCAGUAUCUUCAACGGCAUAAAUAGGAUCUCGAGAUCCUUGAGACCCCAUAAAGAGAACUCUCUGUUUCCUAUUCACUUCGUCUAUUGUUGGUUGGCGCUUUAUUUCAAGACCCAUUGUCAAGUUCUGCAAGGUGUAGCCGUAGAUGGCCCAAAGAUGAUAUCUUAUUCCGGAGAAGGAAGCGCUAGAUACUACACCCCUGCGGAUGCACGCAAACGGAUUCACAAAGGAGAUCUUAUGUCUUGGACCUGUACCACGAUCCCUAGGAGCGAGUCUUCUUUAUAUGUUGAUGAUGGAACAACAAAAGGGUCAGAGAGAAAUUAUUUCAUCGCCAUUCGCUCGAGCUAUCUCUCCUUGCGGCGUGGUAAUCGUUUCGUUAUUGAGCCCUAUAGUCCUCAUCGAUUUAGUCGUCAAUUUGGUUAUUACCAAGAUGUGCCCGGAGUACUUGAUGAAGAUGUUCGCGAGGCUUCUUUAAUAGACGGACUCCGUUAUUGGCGUCUAUGUGUUUUGCUCGAGUCCAUGUCUAAAGUGAUGUUUUCCAUCGUUCCUCAAAAUCCGAGAAAGUUUCACACGGACGACUAUAAGAUAUGGUGGACUAAAGCUUACGGAACUUAUCUUGAAAAUAAAGCUGCGAGUCUGAUGAACUUGGAGUUAAGUAAGAUUCCACUUGAAGACAAAGAAGACGAGGCAAGAGGUAGUCUCGACAAUCUUUCUCGCGAAAAUGUUCUCCAAACCAAAAAUCCUCCUAGAGAUAUAAAGAAGAAGAACGUUUUGCCUCCUUCGGAUGAGAGUGACAAUAGCCAUAUAGAGCGUCAUUGGAAAAGGCCGAAGAGGGACCCGCAAUCUUCAAAACCACAAGAUCUUCAUAUUGAUAACAACGUGGACAGUCAUUCUCGAACAAAUGACACUUUUGCUGAGAAGGUUGCACUUCACACUUUUCCCUUUUUUUUUUUUUUUUUUUAG